GACGACACAACACAAGCCAACGUGAUACUGCGACAGUGUGCGGUACAUACGCGAUAAUUGCGUGUCGAAAAAUGUGUUACUUAUAAUAAAAGUUGCGCGUUUCGAUGUUAGUGUUCCUUUAAUAAAAUGACUCGGACAAUUUGUGUGAGCUUUUCGAGGUCCCGACGUAUAUUUCUCUUUCUGGUAGCUUCUGUGUUGUCAACUAUAGCAGGACACACCCUUGAAUUUGCCGUCGAACCCUCAGAUACAGUCGUCCAAGCGGGCAACUCGGCAGUAUUGGAUUGCGUGGUUAAAUCCGAUCUCUCCCUCAACGCCGUCAAUAUACAAUGGUUGGACCACGACAGGCAAACGUUGACGUUUAUAGGUGAUCCAUACAGAUCUCAACUAACAAACGGGUCGCUGUACAUAAGCAACGUAAACGAAGAGUUAGACUUAACAGGAAACUACCAGUGUAUGGCUUCGUUCGUAAACGGCGCCAUAGUUAGCAGGACAGCCAAACUUAGUAUAGCGACACUUUCGGAUUUUCUGGAAGAACCUCGGGAUUUGACGGUUUUUGCUGGUCAAAAAGCGUAUUUUGCUUGUCGCGUGGAAGCAUCACCACCAGCAAAAAUUAAAUGGCUUAAGGACGAACGCCCUUUACAAUUGGACGAAUUAAGGAUGACCGUCCUCCCUUCGGGUUCCUUAGAAAUUGACGAAGUUAGCGAAUCCGAUCAGGGUAUUUACAGAUGUAACGCCACCGGACUUAAUUCUCAUAGAAUCAGUAAUAAAGCCAGCUUGUUAAUAAAUGUUAAUCCAGAUCAAUCUGGAAUAAAAUCGCCGCCUUUAUUUAUAUCCCGUCCAAAAUCGGCGACUGUAAUUGAAAGCAAAAAUAUCACUUUGGAUUGCGCCGCCAAUGGAAAUCCAAUUCCUAUCAUUACAUGGUUAAAAGAUGGUUACAGUAUCGAUAUGGCGGAUUUGGAUACGAGAUUUAGCGUUGUUGGUUCUACGACUUCUUUAAAAAUUACUAAUAUACAAGAGGAAGAUUCUGGUACUUAUCAAUGUCGAGCUGAAAAUAAAGAGGAUAGUAUAGAUGCCAGUGCUACGAUCAUAGUUCAUGUUCCUCCUAGAUUUAAAACGAAACCAACAGACAAAACACAAAUUGCCAGACAAAACGUUGAAUUUGAAUGUAGCGUUUAUGGGAUUCCAGAACCAAAAGUGCAAUGGUUAAAAAAUGGGGAAUUGGUUAAUUUAAGCGAAUACUAUCAAUUAUUAGGGAAUAACCUAAACAUAAACGGCUUAAUGCUAAGUGAUACAGGAAUUUUUCAAUGCGUUGCCUCAAAUGAAGCUGGAAAUAUACAAGCUUCAGCAAAAUUAAAAGUUAUUGAAACAGUUCAGAAAAAUCGCAAGAAACGUCCACAACAAUCCAAUAAACAAUCACAAACACUCUUCUCACGACUAAACCCGGAAGUCGACCCUCACAGCAUUUUAACUUCGUUAAAAAGUAGCGAAUCCGAAGAAAACAACCUUGGCAACACACAAACCGCUUAUACCGAGUCCCAACUAGGUUUUUCCAAACAUUUUAUAGAUCCUUCUUUAGAGAGCCGAUCCUCGGACGCAUUACCAAGCGCCCCUUUGGACCUUAAAGCACUGGUGGUCCAUCCUCGAUUCGUUAUUUUGAGUUGGAAAUCUCCGUUGGAUAACAGCGAUGAUAUUUUGGCAUAUUCUGUUUAUUAUCGGCAAGAAAACAACGAACGUGAAAGGGUUGAAAACACGACCAAAUCCCGAAUGGAAGAGAUUAAUAUAAAAGGUCUCCGACCCGGGUCUGUUUAUCAUUUUCGAAUCGUUGCUUAUAAUAAUCAUGGUUCCGGUGCUUCUUCUGAAAUAUUAACCGUUAAAACGCACGCUGAAGAAAAUGUUCCUAGUGCUCCAUUAAACUUUGAUGCUUACGCUACAAGAAGUGAUACUAUUUAUGUUAGCUGGGAUGUUCCUGAUAUACCAAAUGGAGUUAUUACGAAAUAUAUCGUUUAUUAUUACGAGCCCCAAACGUUAUCCGAAAACAAAGUUGAAACAACAAAUUUGGAUUAUAACAUCGUCGGAUUAAGUAUUUACACCGAAUAUAACGUUUACGUUGUCGCUGAAAAUGAAAAAGGGCCCGGAGCUGCGUCGGAGGAGAAAACUGUUAGAACUUUUAGUGCUACUCCUACUGAACCACCGGCGAAUGUUUCCUUCGAAGCUACAAGCAGGACGAUUAAUGUUAGAUGGGAACCGCCUCCUUUAAAGGGCCAAAACGGCAUAAUAACUGGUUACAAAAUCCGGUAUAGAGUCCAAGGGAACAAAGGUGACACGGUCACGACGCCCAGUAAUGAACGCGAAUUCCUCUUGAGGAAUUUGGAAAGAGGAACUUUGUAUCAAGUAAAACUUUGGGCUUUAAAUGUCAAUGGAACUGGACCUCCAACUGAAUGGUUUGAUAUUAGCACGUUCGCUCAUGAUAUGGAUGAAUCUAAGGUUCCAGGACAACCGUAUGGUUUAAAACUUAACGCAACCGAUACGAAAAUUUAUCUUGUUUGGUAUCCACCACAAAAAGAAAAUAUAAAAAUAAGAAAUUAUAUAAUUGGAUGGGGUAAAGGAAUACCAGACACUUAUAACCAAGAAGUAAAUGCAACAGUUCGCCGGUUUGUUAUACAAGAUCUCGAACCAAAUUCCGAAUACGUUAUAAGCGUUCGAGCUAAUAACAGUAUAGGUCCCGGUUUACCAGCGUUCCAAACAAUUAGAACAACCGAUGAAGAUCCGUCGGAAGGUUUAGCACCUCUUGUUCCACCCGUCGGACUUAAAGCACAGGUUUUAAGCCCAACCAGUGUUAUUUUGUAUUGGACAGAUACAACUUUAAGCAAAAGCCAAUAUAUGAAUAACAAUCGUUAUUACAAAGUACAUUAUUACACUGAUGAUCAAGGAAGAACUGGCAAAGUAUUAAACGUGACGGAGCAAAAUACUAUGAUAAACGAUUUAAAACCAAACACUUUGUACGACUUCAGGGUGCGCGUGGUUAAAGAUAGACGUGAAAGUCCGUGGAGCAUGGUCGUUAGCAACACGACAAUGCCAUCAUUGUCGGCGCCGAAAGAUCUAAAGAUAACCGGCUGGGAAGAUAACGCACAAAUCGCCGAGUUGAGAUGGCAGCCACCCAAAGCUUUGGAUAGUAAUAGUAAUAUAAAUGGAUAUGUUAUUUUGUACACAACUGAUAAAAGUAAGAAGGAUAGAGAUUGGCAGGCUCAAGCUAUAAAAGGGGAUAAACACUCGUUCGUUAUCCGCGAUUUGCAUCCUGGGACUUCUUAUUAUUUUAAAAUACAUGCACGAAAUAAUAAAGGAAUAAACGGACCAGUUUCUUCAAUCGUUACAUUUAGAACUGGAAAUAAUUUUGGUACACGAGAAGAUAGUCGAGGUGUUUUUAACAAAUCAAUGCUGCUGUACUUAAUCGUUGGUGGAUGUACUCUAGCUGUUAUAACAGUAGCUGUAGUAACAAUAGUGUUGUGCUGUCGCCGACAAGAAGUAACUGCUUCGCCGGAUAGAAGCAAAAAAGGUUACCAAAAAGGUAAUCAAAAUAUAAAACCGCCCGAUUUAUGGAUACAUCACGAUCAAAUGGAACUAAAAGGUUUAGAUAAAAACCAAGCCAACAACGACGCGAGCAGUUCCGGUGCUAUGACCCUACCAAGAAGUACGGGUGGAAACGAAUUCGAUUCCCAUGAGAACCACCACACAAAUUCCUUGGAUAAACGCACUUAUGUACCCAAUGCAUACAUGUGUGGUACUCCUGACGAUAAAAACAAACGGGCGGUCAAACCAAAACCAAUAACGUUACCGGUGGAUUCGAAACCACCUAGAGAACCGAUAGCCACGGCUACUCCAAUAAAUUCCACGUCGCUAAGUCAGGCUAGUUCAGAAUCAACACCCUCCAGUCGCCCGCCUUACCCGAGAACCCAAUAUACUAUCUCUAGAGCUCAUGUCACGUUAGAUCAAAACGCUAUGGCGAAUAAUCAGGCAUUAGAAAAUCCGUACGCUACGCACCCACCCCAUAGCUAUGAGCAUUCCAAUUCUCAACCAUCAAGUUAUAUUAGUCAACCACCUCCAGUGGCUCACGUACCUCCUACGAGUGCGUACGCUCCCGGGAUGAGUGUUUUGGCUGAAUCGCAAGCGGGAAAACGAGCUCAAGCUCAGGGACACCCAUUGAAAAGUUUUACAGUGCCGGCUCCUCCGCCUAUUUCAGCACCGGGUACUCCACAACCUAAACACGUUGUAACACAACCUUCAUUAAUAGUUAGGCCAAGUUCUUCGCCCUACAAAAAGCAACCAUCAAGUAGUUCAAGUACUUUAACCGGAACUCCACCGUCACGAAUAAGUACGGCAAAUCCGCCACCACACACAGCCGAAGAAGUCCAACGACUGCAACCGUCUCAUUCAACGGAAGAAUUAAACCAAGAAAUGGCAAACCUCGAGGGUUUAAUGAUGACCCUAAACGCAAUCACCGCGAACGAGUUUGAAUGUUAACUGUGAUCAUUUUUUGAGUCUUUAAGUUUUAUAAAGAACAAUUUUUAUUAAUUAUCGUAACUUUAUCGGUAGAAAAAGUGUGGAAGUGCGAAAAAGAAACAGGACAAAGAAAAAGAUUUUUGGUGUUUUUUUUUUUUUAAGAGAAUAAGGAUUUUUUUGUAAUAUUAUUUAUUUUGUGUAUAAAUGAUAAUUGGAUGUCGCGUCUGGUAAAUUUUAUAAAACGAUAAAAAUUAUUUAGUGUGUAUUGAUUAUUUUUGUGCAUAUUUUUUAACGAUCUCUGUUUUAAUAUAAAAAAAUGUAAACACUAUGGAUAUUUUUCUUAUUUCUCAAUUGUGAUUUGAUGUUAAGGCCUCUAUUUUCUGUCAUUCAUUGAUAACUUGUAAGAUUAGCUUUGAGAGAUGCGAAUUUAAAAGAAAUUUUGAUUGAAAAUUUUAAUUUGUUUAUAGCCGUCCAUUUUUUAUCGAAAAAAUUUUUUAUCUUAAAAGGAAUUGUUUCGUAUACAUUUUUGAACGAUUUUUAAAGUUUCAACGCAAUAAAUAAACGGUCUAAAAUUAUUUUAGUACAAUGUAACAAGUAUUCUUGCCCAAUAUGUAAAAGCGUCGUGUUUCAAAUUUAAAUAUGAUUCUGUUAUACAAUUAUAUACAGAAAUUGAUAAAAUUGUAUAACAGAAUAAUUCUGUGAUUGUCUUUCCCGUAAUUCUUUAUUAAUUUGCCAACCUAUGUAAAUAUUAUUUUAAGACUAUUUAUAAUUUAUUUAUGUAAACACAACUUAAAAAAAAACUUUUUAAUUGUUGUAUUAUUAAUUACGACCGGAUUAUAUUAAUGUAACUACUUCUAAUAAGGGCAGCCUUUAUAAAGAAAAAGAAACUUAAAGUUGAAUCAAUAUUUUUACAAUUUACACAGUGUAAAUAAUCGCGUGGAAAUAACUUUACAUAUUAUAAAAAAUACUUAACUGCUUAAGAAAAUCCCAAGUAGAUUCUUUAAAAUAUUAAGGAAUAAGUAAAUAUUGUUUAUUGUGUCAAGAUUUCGAAUCUCCUAAACUUCUUUGCCAUAUUCUGUACGAUUUAUAUUAAAGACGACGAAUCGUAAACUUUUUAAAGCGUCAAUGAAUGAAUUGAAUGCGUUUGUGUGGAAGUUUUAUAUAUAAAUAUUAUUAUACGUAAAGGUAUAGUUUUAAUUAAUUUAUAAUGUACGCCUUAACAUAGAGGUAUUGUGCGCGACAACAAAGUUUAUUUUUUAGUUUUUGUCGUCGAUAUCUCAUACAAAUGCCAUUUGUAUUGUAACAUAUUGAAAAGAAAAUCUUUUUUACUAUUGUACUUUGUAGCGUUGUACUACAAAAAAAGAGUAUACAUAAAUGUGAAAAAAUAAAUAAUGUACACAAAAAGAAA